AUGGCGGUAACUGCCGGACAUUUGUCCCAUGACAGGGCAGAGAUGGAAAUCCAAGAAAUCAAUGAGGAUUUGCACUUCCAGCUGGUAGAGACCCAACAGCAGUUUGAAGAGCUCAAGGAGAAAUUUUUUAUAAGUCAAGCUACUGCCUACUCUCUGGCCAAGCAACUCAACACAUACAAGUGUGAAGAGGACAAAGACAUCAUAGACUCUGUGCUGAGGGAUCAAGUGCAGUUCAUAGAGGAGAAGCUGGCAGAGAAGAUCAGGUAAGCGGAGGAGCUCAGUCCCUGUUUGAAUUCCCCUGCCACAAACACCAGCAUGGUGGUAACUGCUAUACAUUUGUCCCAUGACAGGGCAGAGAUGGAAAUCAAAGAAAUCAAUGAGGAUUUGCAUUUCCAGCUGGCAGAGAGCCAACUGCAGUUUGAAGAGCUCCAGGAGAAAUUUCUUAUAAGUCAAGCUACUGCAUACUCUCUGGCCAAGCAACUCAACACAUACAAGUGUGAAGAGGACAAAGACAUCAUAGACUCUGUGCUGAGGGAUCAAGUGCAGUACAUAGAAGAGAAACUGGCAGAGAAGCUCAGUCCCUGUUUGAAUUCUCCUGCCACAAAUAUCAGCAUGGUGGUAACUGCUACACAUUUGUCCCAUGACAGGGCAGAGAUGGAAAUCAAAGAAAUCAACGAGGAUUUGCACUUCCAGCUGGCAGAGAGCCAACUGCAGUUUGAAGAGCUCCAGGAAAAAUUUCUUAUUACUCAAGCUACUGCCUACUCUCUGGCCAAGCAACUCAACACAUACAAGUGUGAAGAGGACAAAGACAUCAUAGACUCUGUGCUGAGAGAUCAAGUGCAGUUCAUAGAGGAGAAGCUGGCAGAGAAGCUCAGUCCCUGUUUGAAUUCUCCUGCCACAAAUAUCAGCAUGGUGGUAACUGCUACACAUUUGUCCCAUGACAGGGCAGAGAUGGAAAUCAAAGAAAUCAACGAGGAUUUGCACUUCCAGCUAGCAGAGAGCCAACUGCAGUUUGAAGAGCUCCAGGAAAAAUUUCUUAUAACUCAAGCUACUGCCUACUCUCUGGCCAAGCAACUCAACAUAUACAAGUGUGAAGAGGACAAAGACAUCAUAGACUCUGUGCUGAGGGAUCAAGUGCAGUUCAUAGAGGAGAAGCUGGCAGAGAAGCUCAGGGCAGAGAUGGAAAUCAAAGAAAUCAAUGAGGAUUUGCAUUUCCAGCUGGCAGAGAGCCAACUGCAGUUUGAAGAGCUCCAGGAGAAAUUUCUUAUAAGUCAAGCUACUGCCUACUCUCUGGCCAAGCAACUCAACACAUACAAGUGUGAAGAGGACAAAGACAUCAUAGACUCUGUGCUGAGAGAUCAAGUGCAGUUCAUAGAGGAGAAGCUGGCAGAGAAGCUCAGUCCCUGUUUGAAUUCUCCUGCCACAAACACCAGCAUUUUGGUAACUGCUGCACAUUUGUCCCAUGACAGGGCAGAGAAGGAAAUCCAAGAAACUAACGAGGAAUUGCACUUCCAGCUGGCAGAGAGCCAACUGCAGUUUGAAGAGCUCCAGGAAAAAUUUCUUAUUACUCAAGCUACUGCCUACUCUCUGGCCAAGCAACUCCACACAUACAAAUGUGAAGAGGACAAAGGCAUCAUAGACUCUGUGCUGAGGGAUGAAGUGCAGUUCAUAGAGGAGAAGCUGGCAGAGAAGCUCAGGCAAGCUGAGGAUCUCAGGCAAUAUAAAGCCCUGGUCCACUCUCAGGCAAAAGAGCUGACCCAGUUACGGGAGAAGUUACGGGAAGGGAGAGAUGCCUCCCGCUCACUGUAUCAGCAUCUGAAGGCCCUCCUCACUCCUGGUGACCCUGACAAGCCCCAGGAUCAGCACCUCCAGGUGCAGCUGGCUGAGGGGCACAGGCUGGCAGAGCGUCUUGUCAACAAGCUCAGCCCAGAAAGUGAUGAAGAUGAAGAUGAAGGUGUUACAGAUGAGGAGGUCGAGAAAGUACAGGAAUCACCUGCCCCCAGAGGGGUGCAGAAGGCUGAGGAAAAGGAAGUCCAUCAGGACUCACUGGAGGAAUGUGCUGUCCCUCGUCCAAACAGCCGUGGAACUUCUGACUCCAACCAGCCUCACAGGAGCGCCACAGUCACAUUUGAGGGAGACAAAGUCGACCCUGCUCUGGUUGUAGACAGUGAAUGCUCUCAGGAUGAAGAAGAGGAAACUUCAAACAUUCUCCCAGUGAAGUCUCCUACUAGUACUGUUCAUUGUUUGAAUUCUCCUGCCACAAACACCAGCAUGGUGGUAACUGCCGGACAUUUGUCCCAUGACAGGGCAGAGAUGGAAAUCCAAGAAACCAGUGAGGAAUUGCACUUCCAGCUGGCAGAGAGCCAACAGCAGUUUGAAGACCUCAAGGAGAAAUUUCUUAUAAGUCAAGCUACUGCCUACUCUCUGGCCAAGCAACUCAACAAAUACAAGUGUGAAGAGGACAAAGACAUCAUAGACUCUGUGCUGAGGGAUGAAGUGCAGUUCAUAGAGGAGAAGCUGGCAGAGAAGCUCAGGCAAGCUGAGGAGCUCAGGCAAUAUAAAGCCCUGGUCCACUCUCAGGCAAAAGAGCUGACCCAGUUACGGGAGAAGUUACGGGAAGGGAGAGAUGCCUCCCGCUCACUGUAUCAGCAUCUGAAGGCCCUCCUCACUCCUGGUGACCCUGACAAGUCCCAGGAUCAGCACCUCCAGGUGCAGCUGGCUGAGGGGCACAGGCUGGCAGAGCGUCUUGUCAACAAGCUCAGCCCAGAAAGUGAUGAAGAUGAAGAUGAAGGUGUUACAGAUGAGGAGGUCGAGAAAGUACAGGAAUCACCUGCCCCCAGAGGAGUGCAGAAGGCUGAGGAAAAGGAAGUCCCUCAGGACUCACUGGAGGAAUGUGCUGUCCCUCGUCCAAACAGCCGUGGAACUUCUGACUCCAACCAGCCUCACAGGAGCGCCACAGUCACAUUUGAGGGAGACAAAGUCGACCCUGCUUUGUUUGUAGACAGUGAAUGCUCUCAGGAUGAAGGGGAGGAAACUUCAAACAUUCUCCCAGGAAAUCAAAAGGAUCAUGAGAAAGAGGAAGGGAAAGCACCAGUGCCCCCCAGGCUGAGCCAGGAGCUUCCAGAGGUAAAGGACCAGGAAGUCCCAGAGGAUUCCUUUGAAGAAAUUUACUUGACUCCUUCAGUUCAACGUGACCUGUCUGACUGUCACCAGCCUUAUAGCGGCAUCUUGUCCACAUUGGAUGAUCAGCUCACAUGCUCUGCUCUGGAUGUAGCCUCUCCCACCCACGAGACCUGUCCCCAAGGGACUUGCAGUGGACACUUGAGCUACUACCUGUCAGAGGGGCAGACUUCACAGACACAGCCGGAGUCAAACACCUUGGUGCCCAAUUGUCUCGGGCUACAGCUGGAUCAGGGGUUCGACUGUGGGAAUGGCUUAGCCAGGCGGGGCCUUUCCUCCACCACCUGCAACUUUACAGGUAAUGCUUUUUCUGGGACACUAUGUACCUCUCAAGGCAGCAAAGACUCCAUUGAAGAUUCACCCUCUGGUGCGGCUGCCCCUGGCAACUACUCCAAAGAUCUGGUGGCCCAGGCACCCCUGAAACCAAAAACACCUCGGGGUACCAAGACACCGAUCAACAGAAGCCAGCUGUCCCAGAACCGAGGACUGGGGAGCAUUAUGGUGAAACGAGCCUACGAGACUAUGGCAGGGGCAGGGGUUCCUUUCUCUGCCAAUGGAAGGCCUCUGGCUUCAGGGAUUCGUUCCAGCUCACAGCCAGCAGCCAAACGUCAAAAACGAAACCCAGCUGAUGCACCGAAUCCUGCGGUGUUUGUGGCCACGAAGGAUACUAGGGCCCUACGCAAGGCUCUGACUCACCUGGAAAUUCGGCGAGCUGCUCGCCGACCCAGCUUACCCCUGAAGGUGAAGCCAACGCUGAUUGCAGAGCCGCCCCAGUCCCUCUACCUGCACCCUCACGUCCUGCCAGCACCAAUGAGCCUAUUGUCCUGGAGGACUGAGCACCUGUGGGGAAGGAAGGUGGGCUGCGAGGUAGAGGGUGGAUGCCCAGGCCACCCGAAUCUCCGUUCCCUUUCCUGGCAAAGGGAGUGA